AUGGAAGCACCCGGAUUCUCGACGGCCGCUAGGCCCCAAGAAGUUUCAGCAGCUGAAGGUGCAGGCUUACCUAGUUCCGGCCUCUCAGCUCACCAAGCUCUCACCCAAGCAGCCGGGAUCAAGCUUGACGGAACUGGCCAGCUCAAGAACAUACUGAUCACUGGUGCCUCUGGUGGCGUCGGUCACUAUGUAGUCCAACUAGCCAAGCUUGGAAACACUCAUGUUACCGCCACUUGUGGAGCUUGUAACAUUGACAUUGUCAGGAGCUUAGGAGCAGAUGAGGUUCUUGACUACAAGACCCCAGAUGGGACGGCUCUCAAGAGCUCAUCUGAUUGGAAAUAUGAUUUUGUGAUUCACUGUGCAUCAGCAGGCAUUCCAUGGUCAACUUUUGAGCCGAAUUUGAGUGCGAAUGGGAAGGUUAUAGACCUUACUUGUGCUCUACAAAGACCCACCUUUUCGAAGAAGCAGCUGGUGCCGAUGAUCAUAAAUCUGAAACGUGAGAACCUGGAGUAUCUUGUUGAGUUGAUGAAGGAAGGAAAGCUCAAGACGGUGAUCGACUCUAAGCAUCAUCUGAGCAAGGCUGAAUAUGCUUGGGCUAGGAGAACUGAUGGCUAUGCUAAUGGGAAGAUCAUUGUGGAGAUUUAAUCACACAAAAUAUCUUGGGAUUUUAUAAAAUUCAUGUGCAACAGAAUAAUGUUUGGUGAUUUAUGUAUGCGUGGGUAAUUUUUUUUUUUUUGACACAAAAUCAUUAUGGAGAUUUAAUGGAAAGAUCGUUCGGGAAAUUUUGAUAACUAGCCAGAUUUUUGUAAGUUCUUAUCGUUGUACCACGAAAUGAUUUUUAGCCUAUCUUUUGCAAUUCUCACAAAUUUAACCAG